UUCCGGUACGGGAAACUUAGCUGCCGCUCUCACCCGGCUUGACAGGCGCGGUUCGUGCAAGUAGAGCUCCCUCUUUUUACCUUGCUCCUGCCUAACCUUGAACCACGUUUGCCGCCGCCGUCCCGUCCCGCAGCUUCAGUCUCCGAACUCGCCCCUCCCUAUGUUCCGGGGCAGGAGUCCUGACAGCGAAGACCCGCCCGCCGGUUCCCCAUCAUGUCCGAAGUGACUAAAGAGCUAAUGGAGCUGGUAUGGGGCACCAAGAGCAGCCCCGGGCUCUCGGAUACCAUCUUCUGCCGCUGGACGCAAGGCUUUGUGUUUAGUGAAUCAGAGGGAUCUGCAUUAGAACAGUUGGAAGGUGGCCCCUGUGCUGUUAUUGCACCUGUUCAGGCAUUUCUUUUGAAGAAGCUCCUGUUUUCCUCUGAGAAGUCAUCUUGGCGGGAUUGCUCAGAGGAAGAGCAGAAGGAACUCCUCUGUCACACCUUAUGUGAUAUUUUAGAAAGCACUUGCUGUGACAACUCUGGAUCAUAUUGCUUGGUUUCAUGGCUGCGAGGAAGGACAGCUGAGGGAACCUCUAGUAUUUCUGGGAGUCCUGCUGAGUCUAGUUGCCAAGUGGAACACUCUUCUGCCUUGGCUGUCGAAGAGCUUGGCUUUGAGCGAUUUCAUGCAUUAAUUCAAAAACAAUCAUUCAGAAGUUUAUCAGAAUUAAAAGAUGCUGUUUCAGACCAGUAUUCCAUGUGGGGAAACAAAUUUGGAGUAUUGCUGUUUCUGUAUUCUGUGUUAUUAACAAAGGGUAUUGAGAACAUAAAAAAUGAAAUUGAAGAUGCAAGUGAGCCUUUAAUAGAUCCUGUGUACGGACAUGGCAGCCAAAGUUUAAUUAACCUCCUGCUGACGGGGCAUGCUGUUUCCAAUGUGUGGGAUGGUGAUAGAGAAUGCUCAGGAAUGCAACUUCUUGGUAUACAUGAGCAAGCAGCUGUAGGAUUCUUAACAUUAAUGGAAGCUUUAAGAUACUGUAAGGUUGGAUCUUACUUGAAAUCUCCAAAAUUCCCUAUUUGGAUUGUUGGCAGUGAAACUCACCUCACCGUGUUUUUUGCCAAGGAUAUGGCUUUAGUUGCUCCUGAAGCUCCUUCAGAACAAGCCAGGAGAGUUUUUCAAGCCUAUGAUCCAGAAGAUAAUGGAUUCAUACCUGAUUCUCUUCUGGAAGAUGUGAUGAAGGCUUUGGACCUUGUGUCAGAUCCUGAAUAUAUAAACCUCAUGAAGAAUAAAUUAGACCCAGAAGGAUUAGGAAUCAUAUUAUUGGGUCCAUUUCUUCAAGAAUUUUUUCCUGAUCAGGGCUCCAGUGGUCCUGAAUCUUUUACUGUCUACCACUACAAUGGAUUGAAGCAGUCAAAUUAUAAUGAAAAGGUAAUGUAUGUAGAAGGAACUGCAGUUAUCAUGGGUUUUGAAGAACCCAGGCUGCAGACAGAUGACACUCCUAUUAAACGCUGUCUCCAAACCAAGUGGCCAUACAUUGAGUUGCUCUGGACCACAGAUCGCUCUCCUUCCCUGAACUGAUUGCCUGCGUACUGAUAAGCUCGUAAUAACAGAUGUGCAAGGGUUUCGGGACUAGUAAAUGGCUCAAUUCAUGAACAGUGGUAUCAUUGAUUAACUGUAAAUAUAACUAAAAAACAUUUUCAGUGUCUAAAAUAUGUUUAAAUUAUUUGUUUUAAAGCUUUAUGUUAAGAGGUAUACUAUUUUGGCCCUUGAUAUGAAUUUUACUAGCAAAAUUAAACUCUAAUCAAAGUCUAUCACUUUGCAGUCAGAUAAUUUGGCCAUUUACUUAUUAAAUGUUUAUUUAAAACACCAAAAUACUGUAGCAUUUUUAUAAUAUCAAAAUCAUUAUUUUUCAACUCUCCCUUUUUUUUUUCAUUUGGCCAGAUUUUUCGUUUGAAUACUUCUGGCUUAUAUCAGCUCCACACUGAAAAUGCAAAAGAAUUAAAUUUAUUUCUGCUCUAAACUCCAUUUUCCAUUAGAAAUAUUGAUAAAUAACAAAUUAUCAGCCUGUUUCCUUUGAAAAUUGGCUUGACUCUGGCAUGUUUACAAAGCAUAGAAACUAUAUGGAAACUUCCCAUUAUUCAUAGGUAUGUGGGGGUGUAUUUAUUUUUUAAUGAUAGAAAAGAGAAUCUGUUCAAUAGUCUUGACACUGUUAACUUUCGGUUCGAGUAUUGCCAAGUGUACUUUCCCAAAUUCGUUCCAACAGCCCUAUAAAGCCAGCUUUCUUGUAUAUUUAUAAAUGUGAUGAAUGCAUGAGAACAUCUGUUAUUACAUUAGUAUACUGCAUUAUUUAUUAUUAUCCUAAUUGAUAGUCUAAAUAAAGACUUUUUUCUUUAA